AUGUGGGAUAAACUUGUUAAAGGUGUAAAAUAUGAACAGAAGUUUUCUAAUUCAUGCAGAUAUUUUCCUGGUUCACCCAGAAACAGAAUUCUUCAAGCCUCUUUUUAUCGAGUUACCUCUGAUAACAUUAUUGUAUCCAUUUUAAGAAAUGUUUUUGGUGUUAAAGAGACAGUUGUAUAUCCAUUUAGAAAAGAAAACUUAUCUCUAAUAGUGUCAAAAGCAAAAAAGAGUAGGAUAUCUAAAGAAAGUUUUCUUGACCAAGAGUUUCAAUAUAAUGAUUUGCAUUGUGGAAAAAAAGUGGUUGCAAACAAUAUUGGCAUCACAGAUUCUAUUAAUGAGGUUAACUUGGUUCAGCAUUUAAGUAAAAGAAACAGUCUCUAUGAAUACUUUUGUGCUGAACUUUUUAGUCAUGGCGUUCUUUGUUGGCGUGUUCGAAAACCGUCUCUUAGUAUAUGUGUUAUGAACAAUUACAAUCACGAGAACGGGAACUUUCAAGAUAAAGAAUUUGUUCAUGUAAAAGCUGAAACAAUGUGUUCUACUACAAUAUACAACUGCUCCUGUAAAACAUUCUCAUCAUGUGUUUUUUUUCAAUCAGAAAAUUUGACAAAUGUAAAUAAUUGUUGUCAUUGUCGUCUGUUAAACCAGCUAAUGCAAAUGCUUGAUAAACCUGAUUUCAUCCCAGAAAAUAGUUUAUUAAACAAAAAAAAACUUAUGGAUAGUUUAAUCUAUCUCAAAUCAAAUGUUUUAAAGUUAACUUCAAAAUCGGGAGUUGAAAGAUAUUCGGAAGUACUCGUCAAAUUAAUAAUAAGAGAAUAUUUUUAUCUUGUUGAAAACACAGUAGAAUCAUUUUGUAAUGACAAUGAUAAAGUGAUCUCUUUUGAUUCUGUGUUAGAGGAUAAUCUACCAAGGGAAAAGUGGGAAGAUGUUUUUGAUGUAGCAUCUGGUUUGUGGACAUUUGGAAUUAAUGCCCCAAGUAAAAAAACUGUUUCCAAUGACCAAUUUAAUGAAAAAUUUAGCAAUGACAUUGUAAAAAGACAGUCUGCUACCAAUGGAUAUUGUUUUAUGCCUUCUGUUGAUCUAGACAACUGUGACUGUGAUCAAGAGCUUUUUCUGGCUGGUUGGGUAUCGGAAUCUGUUUUAUCUGGUUAUACAGAAUUUUACCAUAAAAUCAAUAUGUACACAGAUCGUGAAGUAAUUGAGUGUGAUGUUUUUUUGAGAAAAUGUUUAUCCAAUACUUGCAUUAGUUAUUGGGAUGGCUGUGAAGACUCUGUUUUUUGCUUAUCUAAAUCCACUUGUGCUGGUUAUGAACUAGGUUGGGAAUUUGUUGAUUUUGUUUUGUCUAAAGGAACAUUCAGCGGUUUUGUCAAUUUGUAUUCAAACAAGUACAAACGUAGAAGUACCUCUUAUUUGCCAUUUAUGUCUACACAAACAUUUAUUGAUUGGUUUUUUGCUUGGGCCUCCCACAUGCACAUUGAUUUUAGAGAAAAAUGUCAUAUGUGUCCAGAAAAUCAGUUUUAG